GGACUCUGAAAGUGAAGAGAGAGAGAGAGAUGGCGUAUUGAAUGGGCGAAGAUUUUCACGCUUUGCCAUUGCCUUUGCCUCCAAAUCUCUCUGACGAUUCUUGAUCUGCACUGUCCAUAACGAACUAAAGAAGAUGGAAGCAAGUGCUGGGAUGGUUGCUGGUUCCCAUAAACGGAACGAGCUCGUUCGGAUUCGUCACGAUUCUUCUGACAGUGGGUCUAAACCCUUGAAGAAUUUGAAUGGGCAAAUCUGUCAAAUAUGUGGUGAUACUGUUGGAUUAACUGCCACUGGUGAUGUGUUUGUUGCUUGCAAUGAGUGUGCCUUCCCUGUUUGUCGUCCUUGUUAUGAAUAUGAGCGAAAGGAUGGGAACCAGUCUUGUCCUCAGUGCAAGACUCGAUACAAAAGGCACAGAGGGAGCCCUCGAGUGGAGGGAGAUGAAGAUGAAGAUGAUUCGGAUGAUAUAGAGAAUGAAUUCAAUUAUACCAAAGGAAAUACCAAGGCCAGGCGGCAGUGGGAGGAAGAUGCUGACCUCUCUUCGUCUUCUAGACGUGAACCUCAACAGCCGAUUCCCCUCCUCACCAAUGGCCAAACGAUGUCUGGUGAGAUUCCAUGUGCUACACCUGAUACUCAAUCUGUCAGAACUACUUCUGGUCCUUUGGGCCCGUCUGAAAAAGUUCACUCUCUUCCCUAUGUUGAUCCAAGGCAACCAGUUCCAGUACGAAUUGUGGACCCAUCAAAGGACUUGAAUUCUUAUGGUCUGGGAAAUGUUGACUGGAAAGAAAGGGUUGAAGGUUGGAAGCUCAAGCAAGAGAAAAAUAUGGUACAAAUGACUGGUAGAUACACUGAAGGGAAAGGAGGAGACGUUGAAGGGACUGGUUCUAAUGGAGAAGAACUUCAAAUGGUUGAUGAUGCUCGGCAACCUUUGAGUCGUGUGGUGCCAAUUUCUUCAUCUCAGCUGACCCCUUACCGUGUUGUUAUCAUUCUGCGAUUGAUUAUUCUUGGCUUCUUCUUGCAAUAUCGUGCAACUCACCCUGUGAAAGAUGCAUACCCACUGUGGUUGACAUCAGUUAUUUGUGAGAUUUGGUUUGCUUUAUCCUGGCUCUUGGAUCAAUUUCCAAAAUGGUCUCCCAUUAAUCGUGAGACUUAUCUUGACAGGCUCACUUUAAGAUAUGAUCGUGAAGGAGAACCAUCACAGCUAGCUCCUGUUGAUGUGUUUGUUAGUACAGUGGAUCCCCUCAAAGAGCCACCACUUGUAACUGCAAACACUGUUUUAUCUAUACUCUCUGUUGAUUACCCUGUUGACAAAGUUUCCUGCUAUGUAUCUGAUGAUGGUUCAGCUAUGUUGACGUUUGAAGCACUAUCAGAAACAGCUGAGUUUGCAAAGAAGUGGGUGCCCUUUUGCAAAAAGCACAAUAUUGAGCCAAGAGCCCCCGAGUUUUAUUUUGCCCAAAAGAUUGAUUACUUGAAAGACAAGAUCCAACCUUCCUUUGUAAAGGAGCGACGAGCAAUGAAGAGAGAAUAUGAAGAAUUCAAAGUACGGAUCAAUGCCCUUGUAGCAAAAGCACAGAAGAUGCCAGAGGAAGGUUGGACAAUGCAGGAUGGAACUCCUUGGCCUGGAAAUAAUCCUAGGGAUCAUCCUGGAAUGAUUCAGGUGUUUUUAGGUCAUAGUGGAGGGCUUGAUACAGAUGGAAAUGAGCUGCCUAGACUUGUUUAUGUUUCUCGUGAGAAGCGGCCUGGCUUCCAACAUCACAAGAAGGCUGGAGCUAUGAAUGCUUUGAUUCGAGUUUCUGCUGUCUUGACCAAUGGUGCAUAUCUUCUGAAUGUCGAUUGUGACCACUAUUUCAACAAUAGCAAAGCUCUUAAAGAAGCCAUGUGUUUCAUGAUGGAUCCUGUUCUUGGAAAGAAGACAUGCUAUGUGCAAUUCCCUCAGAGGUUUGAUGGCAUUGAUUUGCACGAUCGAUAUGCCAAUCGCAAUAUUGUGUUCUUUGAUAUCAACAUGAAAGGUCAGGAUGGUAUUCAGGGCCCAGUGUAUGUGGGAACUGGUUGCUGUUUCAAUAGGCAGGCUUUGUAUGGUUAUGAUCCUGUUUUAACUGAGGAAGAUUUGGAACCUAACAUUAUUGUAAAGAGUUGUUGGGGUUCAAGAAAAAAGGGAAGGGGUGGCAAUAAGAAGUAUGGUGACAAGAAGAGGGCGGUUAAAAGAACUGAAUCCACCGUUCCCAUAUUUAAUAUGGAAGACAUAGAGGAGGGUGUUGAAGGUUAUGAUGAUGAAAGGUCACUACUUAUGUCUCAAAAGAGCUUGGAGAAGCGUUUUGGUCAAUCUCCAGUUUUUAUUGCUGCUACUUUCAUGGAGCAGGGUGGCAUUCCACCUUCAACCAACCCUGCAACUCUUCUUAAGGAAGCAAUCCAUGUUAUCAGCUGUGGCUAUGAAGACAAGACAGAAUGGGGCAAAGAGAUUGGAUGGAUCUAUGGUUCCGUUACUGAAGAUAUCUUGACUGGGUUUAAGAUGCAUGCUCGUGGUUGGAUUUCCAUCUAUUGCAUGCCACCUCGCCCAGCAUUCAAGGGUUCUGCUCCUAUCAAUCUUUCUGAUCGUCUGAAUCAGGUGCUUAGGUGGGCCUUGGGUUCAAUUGAGAUCUUUCUAAGCAGGCAUUGUCCCUUGUGGUAUGGCUACAAUGGGAGGUUGAAGCCCCUGAUGAGACUUGCUUAUAUUAACACUAUUGUCUACCCCUUUACCUCAAUCCCAUUGAUUGCUUACUGUACACUCCCCGCAUUUUGUCUUCUCACAAAUAAAUUUAUUAUUCCCGAGAUAAGCAACUUUGCCAGCAUGUGGUUUAUUCUCCUCUUCGUCUCCAUUUUUGCUACUUCAAUUCUUGAGCUUAGGUGGAGUGGGGUCAGUAUAGAAGACUGGUGGAGGAAUGAACAGUUUUGGGUUAUCGGUGGGACAUCAGCACAUCUCUUUGCCGUGUUCCAAGGGCUUCUAAAAGUGCUUGCCGGGAUCGAUACAAAUUUUACUGUUACAUCAAAGGCAUCAGAUGAAGAUGGGGAUUUUGCUGAGCUUUAUGUGUUUAAAUGGACAUCACUUCUCGUCCCUCCUACAACGGUGCUUAUUAUUAAUUUGGUAGGGAUUGUGGCUGGUGUGUCCUAUGCGAUAAACAGUGGUUACCAGUCUUGGGGUCCACUAUUUGGCAAGCUUUUCUUCGCUAUCUGGGUCAUUGCCCAUUUAUACCCAUUCUUGAAGGGUCUCUUGGGCAGACAAAAUCGUACCCCAACCAUUGUUAUUGUUUGGUCCAUUCUUCUUGCUUCAAUAUUCUCCUUGCUGUGGGUGAGGAUUGACCCCUUCACCACGGACUCCAACAAAGCAUCAAAUGGUCAAUGUGGCAUCAACUGUUAGUUCUCUUAAGAGAUUCAUUUUCUGUUUUACUAUCCCAUUUUGUUUGCAGUCCUGUAUAUAGAAAGAAUUCAACCUAUCAUAGUUGUUCUGGAGGAUUGAACACCCCUCCUCCCCCCUCCAAAUGCCUGAAUAGACGGGACGGAACCCUUUCUGUAUCAUUGGUGUUUCUAUUGUUUAUUUAUUCUACAUGUUCCUUUUUGGUCCUUACAAGAAUAGUAAUGUUGAGAUGUAUGUUGCUGUUAUAUUUUUUGUCCACGUAAUAUAAAUUGUUUACGCGAAUAAUUUAAUGAAAGCGAACAUGGUGUUGUGUUGUUUGGUU